AUGAGCAGGCUACAAAGUUCUGCCAUAGUCCUCCUCUUGUGGACUAUUCAGGGCUCGCAGGGACGAGUCAUUUCCGAGCCUACACAACGGUUAUAUGCCCCGAGUCAUGACCGACUACCUGCCCAAACCAACAUGAUGGAGAUUCCUCUGCCGCUGCAUGUAGUAAAACGCCAAAUAACCAGUUCAUCAGACGACGUGCUCACCGUCACGAUAGCCCCAGAUGAAACAUGUGGUUGGUUGUCAGGGCGUGCAGGUGUCCCAAUCACCUGCGAAAACCAUCAACCCUGCAUGUGGAUGAAGUCAAUAGCAUUGAUAUGCGGCCCUCUGAACGACUAUAAGAAAUGGGAGUAUCACCUUAUGUGUUAUGAGCGGGCGGAGGCAUUGAACACUGAUAUUUGCAACGACCUUUGCGUUAGUGGUCACACUCUUCGCUGCACUGAAGAAUCAGCUGCUUAUUGCCGAACCUAUGCCUACCCAGACGGAGUCCAAGACUAUAGAUGUGUGUCGACACCCGAGACCCGAGCUUCGAGCGUAUUCUUUACCUACAAGGAUCAGAAAGAUGCAGGCUUGGUUACUGCAACCUACAACAACGCCGACUCACAAGUCGUAUCGACAGAAUUUGUUUCUUCUACCACAUCAGCAUCCUCCUCCAACGCCGCCCCGUCUUCAUCCUCCACUACUCCUCCGUCUCCGUCUCCGCCGCCGUCCAGCCAUAAUAAUAUCGGAGCCAUUAUCGGCGCUGCAAUUGGCGGCUUUGUAGCACUUUCGGUUGUAUCUUUGGCAAUCUUCUGGUUUGUUCGACGGUCAAAGCAGGAUGCUGCUCAACAGGUUACUCCAAUGGAACAAACACAAUUAAAUGGUACACCGCUAUACAUGAACGCCAGAAAGCCGGACUCAGGCCCAGGCCCAGGUUCCUCGGUGCAGUCCGAAUGGAGAAGUUCCAUGAUAACUGUGCCAAUCUUUGCUGGCGAUUCCGCCUCUCCGCAAGGUUGGAUGAAUGAGUCAGGCUCACCUGGUGGUCAGAGUUCGGCAUCUCAAGGCGUAUCGCAGAUUAUACCGCAGCCUGUGCCUUAUGAAAUGAGCGGAGAUUCUCUUCAAACUGAGGGACAAAGUAACAUGCGAGACCCUACUCGCUCUCAGGUCUAUGAAAUGAUAUAA